AAGAAUCAACAAACGACAGAAAAACAAAGUUGAUACUCAUGUUUUUGUUAAAACUUUUUUAAUACUUUUAAAAAGAUUACCGGCAUAUCAUAAUCAUAGGUAAGCCGAUAGACGAUGGCCACAAUAAUUAAUGAAAUGGUACAAGAAAAUAUAGAUGAACCAUUUAAAAUAAUUGACAUUGAGCAAUUAGAACAAAACAAUAUUUGUCAUAAUUGCCAUAAAUUAUUAAAUGUUAUACCUAUUUAUGGUCUUCAGCAAGAGGAUGAUACAAUAAAAGAAGUAUGUGGCCGAUGUCUUCACAUAACAGAGAAACAUAAAGGGGCAAAAUGGAGGCAAAUCUCAUAUGAAAAAAUAGCACAACACAUGACUUUCCCAUGCUGUUAUAAAAUGGAGGGGUGCAAUUCAGUACUAACUUGGGAUACAGUGUUGGAUCAUGAAGUAGGAUGCCCCAAAGCCUUUUUGGUCUGCCCAGUUAAUGAUAAUGGUGUUUACAAGGGACUUAACUGUCUUUGGAAAGGAAACACUGCAGAGUUACAGAAACAUAUUGAAGAUGAACAUGGAGAAUUAAUAAUUAAUCCACCAUUUUUAGAAGAACUACCUAAACAAAACCAAAUCUACUUUACUUAUGUAAAUAAAAAAAUAGUCAUGAUUGUCAUUUUAAAGGAAAGUGAUAAUAAUUAUUUUUCUUGUGUAUUCUUUAAUGGCAGUGAUGUUGAAACACAAUACUAUAAGUAUCAAGUAGAAUUGAUAGAUGAAAGUAAAACCAGUUCCAUUAUAUUACGAAAAUAUAGACUAGAGCCUUAUGGAAAUUUUUUGGCUAUCUUAGCUGAUAAGAAAAAGUUACUGGAUAUAAAUUUGGAAGUAGUAAAGCCUAUGAUUAAUCAACAAGGAAAAAUAUUUUCAGCUAGAUUUGGCCUUGCAAUGAAAAAUAAAAGGGAUGUAAACCAAAUUGAUAAAGAGAAUAAUGUCACAAGCACGAAGAUUUCUAAAACAGUUCCAAGCAAUAUGAAAAACCACGUUCCUGAUGAAAAUCUUCUUGCAGAAUUAGAAUGUCCUGUUUGCAAUGAAUAUAUGGUGCCACCGAUUUAUAUAUGUGGUAAUGGUCACAGUCUAUGUAAUGAAUGCAUUGAAAAGGUUCAAAGCUGUCCCAAUUGUCGCAGUUCCUUAGCCAGUAAAACACGAAAUUUUACAGUAGAGAAACUGACAACCAAAGUAAAUUAUCCCUGUAGAAAUCGAGAUAUCGGUUGUGGUUUUUCAACCACAUCCGACAACAUUCGGGAUCAUGAAAAGAACUGUGAUUUGGCAGAUACCGUUUGCAUUUUCAAAUGUGGCGAGAAAUUUAAACGAACAAGUCUUCUGGGUCAUAUCAACACUGCACAUAAAGAAGGCGUUAUACAGCUCAACGUUGUUAAUACCUUAAAUAUAUUGCACAAGAAAGAGACUACACUAGUUGUAUCAGCAUUUGGAGAAAUGUUUAGACUGAGUAUAAAAACAAUACAAUCCGCAGCAGGGAGUGCAGAAUUCAUUUUCAAAUUGAAUGUUCAGCACAUGGACGAGGUAAACCAGCAUUCGGUAUAUCGUUACAAAUUCGACUUUAUUGAUCAAAGCGACGAGGGACGAAGUACCACCAUUAUGAGUACUACCCAACCUAUAUCUGAAAAACCCCUGAAAUUAAACCAUGUUACCGUACCGUACCAUGUAAUCAAAGCAGCUUCAAAAGAAAAUAAGCUAUAUUACAGACUUAAUAUGUAUUCCGGUAAAAGGAAAAGAUUGUCAAAUGUGUAAUGUUAUAUAGGUUGUAAGCAUUUUUAGUAAAAGCAUAGCAUACAGUAAAUAUUUUUAAUCUUGUUUGGUAUUUAAUUUAAGGAUAUAUAAGUGUGUCUCAUGUUUCAUGAGGUACCAAUAUUAUAAACUCUUAUGAUAAAUUUUUUCUUCUCGGUCGUUUUUUUUUCGAUCGAUUUUAUUUUUGUUAUAUUUUAUAAACUCAAUGCUAUGUUUUGUGUU